UUUUUGAAACAAACAAAAAAAAUUUGCCUCCAAAAAUUUCGCUCCAAAUUCAUCCCAUUAUUAAAGGAGGAGAUACACUAGGCUGAUGCUGAAAAAACAGGACUUAUAUGAAACCCUCGUCCAAACGAAUUCAAGUUAUUUAAUUUAUUGGUGUAUUUUGUUAUUUUAAAAAAGGAAACUUUUUUGCGUUGUGCAACCACUUUAGCAUCCUAGCGCCAGAAACACGAUCACGAGAACUUUUCCGAGUUGCCCUAGCCGCGAUCUCCUCAACCCAUCACUGUCUCUCCUCUCUACCGCAGUCUACUCCGGGUAUAGUCAUCGUUCUCCACCGCACUGUACUCUCUGAGUCUUUUAGUGCAGAUGACUGAAAAGAUUCGCGGUUCAUUUCCGGCUUCCAAAGAUAGUGGAAUUGAUUAUGAUUGGGACAUAGCUGGUGAGGUUAGAGAAAUGGAGAAAAUUGAUGUUAGAGCUAAUUCAAAAACCUCAAGGAAAAAGGUCAUCGGAUUGGAUGAUCUUUUGAGUGACUACUACAAAGAGAAAGAUAAACUCAAUGAGAGGGAAGCUAAACGGGCAAAGACUAGAAAAAGUUACUAUUCAGAUGAGGAUGAGGACAGCACAGUAGCAAAACUCUCUGAUUGUGUUGACAAAUGUCAAGAAAAGAUAGGAUUAGUAAGUGGCGAGGAUGAGAUCUAUUUGUGGGGUCUCCCAGUUUUUGGAAAACAGAAGACUGGACCAUCAUUGAUACAUUUUGAGCUUGAAAAUUGCUCGCUUUUGCAAUCUUUUAUGAGCAAUGAGCUCAAUUCAUUAGUUGAUCUUAACAUUGACAAAGGAGAAGUUUUCCUUGAAAGUUUGUUGCUCAAUGGGUGGCUAUUGAAUUUGGUCUAUUCAUGCAGUAGCGUAGAAAAAUCCAUAGCAACAUGGACAUUCAAUUUGAUGUUGUACUCAUCAAAGGAAGUUCUGAGGACUUCAACGGUAGACUUUUGGUGUGAGAUUCUCUCACCUAAAAAGGAGAUUAAAAUCAACUGGUUACCUAAAUAUUCUGAACUACAAAGGGCUCUCCUAAUCUAUGGUUAUCUGUUGGAUUCACCAUCCAAUUCUUCGUGCAAUACGGAAAUGUUCCAUGAAGAUUUCGACUGUUGGGGACCACCCCAAAAUAUCAGAGCUUGGAUCAAAUAUGUAGCUGCUUGUUUUCAAGUAAGGAACACAUAUUCAAUCUUCUCGACUUCGGAAGCAGAAGAGUUGCUGGUUGUGAUUAUCUGUCUCUUCUUAGAUCGACAGCUUCUAGGCCUGUCUGUGAUCUUGUAUGAGUGUAUGCUAUCGGCUAUUAGUUUCUUUACAGAUUGCGAAUGGAAUUGGAGUUGCCAAAGAAUAGCAAAAUCCAUUGCUUGCAGAGUCCCCAGGGAUGUGAACUCCAUCAGAAUUUUGGAGAGCAUUUCAGGAGUAGAUGCACGCAGCAAACAUCUGAGGAGUAUGGUGGCGUUUCAAAUACUACACACUUGUUUUGAUAACCAGGAUACUGAAGGAGAAGAGAUCCUGAGACGGCUUGUCUCGAUAAAUGUGAAAGACAAAAAUUGUGAUCUUUUUAAAAUGUAUGUUUACUUGGUUCUUAUUGAGAACUGGCUGUUAUAUAAUUAUAUGUUGGAAGACAAGCCAGUGAUCUUCGAAUUGUGGAGUGUUCUUCUGAGAAAUUGUUCUUGUCAAAUAACCAGCACAGAUUUAAGGUCGUAUGCAUCAAAGGUCCGUAGCAAGGCUUCUUAUCUGCUACAAGGCACUGGCAACAAAUGAUUGUUGUUAAGUAAGAACUUCGCUAAACUGCUACUUAUCACCAAAUAGUGUGAUUAGUCUGAUAUUGGUUCAUUCAGCUAUUGCCAGGAAAUUCAAUGGGAAAAUCGGUUCAAACCUCAGCUAUUGCCAGGAAAUUCAAUGGGAAAAUCGGUUCAAACCUCAAAAGGAUACCUAGUGAUGGACUUCGAAUCAACCGCUUUUUUUUUUUUUUUUUUGGAGUUAGAGAAGUGAAAUGUUUUUAACAGACCUUGAAGUAUAUGAGAUUAGUUGCUCCAGAUUUUGUGUGGUGUGACUUGCUGCUCAUUCAUUAUAUUACUCUUGUAGUUUUUGAGCUCGGAACUCUUUUAAUAUGCAUGCCCUUUUAUUUUUGGGCCAAAUUUAGAGCAUCCAUGUCUGUUCCUUGGAAUAUUGUUCGCACUAAGGCCAUGUUUGGUUGGGAUAUUGUUCGCACUAAGGCCAUGUUUGGUGUGAGUGAAUGGAAUCAAAUGAAGUUGGAAUGGAAUGUUUUUGUUUCCGUUCUCUUA